AUGCCGCCGCCACCCUCGCAGAAGCCUGGACAGGCGAGCAUCAGCGCCUUCUUCAAACCUAAAGACAGCCAUUUGUCCAUCACCAAAUUCUCUCAACCCGACCCCGUACAGAAAAGCAACGGCCAUGCUCGCACCUCGAGUGUUGUCGAUGCCGACAACGGUGGUGCUUCCACCUCCGCUCAACCUCCACCUAAGCGCUCCAAGCUGACCAACGACAGCGACAGGCCACGACGCGAGACCAUCGACCGCAUGGGCAAGUGGAAGUUCACUCCCGUCAAAGUUUCUGGAAGUCAAGCCUCCGAAGCCGAUGGGACAGUGUCGCAAGAGGCGCCCGCACGCUCGCAACAAGAACAGGCUAGACACGAAGCUUUCAGGAAGAAGUUGCUGGGCUCCAACUUUGCCGUGGAUCGGCAUGCGAGAAAUCAGUUGCAGAUCGAGGACAUGUCUAGUCGUGACCCUUUCUCGCCCAGCGAGCCUCAGACCAGUGUGGCGGCGGAAAACGAGGCCAUUGUUAUCGACGACGAAGACGACGAGGGCGAGGCGGGUGACCAGGAAGGAACUACCACCUCCAAUCGCUUUGGUAGAUUCGCCGCCUCUGCCUCCUCCCGCCGUCGCGACUCCGCCACAAACACCAAGUCAAAGGGCAAGUCCAAAGCAACCGAACCAGACUCCGGCCCUACCUACACCCCGCUCGAAAAGCAGAUCCUCGAACUCAAAGCCUCCCACCCCGGCGUCCUCCUCAUCAUCGAAGUCGGCUACAAGCUCAAAUUCUACGGCGAAGAUGCACGAAUCGCCUCCAAAGAGCUCAACAUCAUGUGCUUCCCCGAACGCAACCUUCUCACCGCCAUGAUCCCCGUCCAUCGACUUCACAUCCACGUCAAGCGUCUCAUCCAAGCCGGCCACAAGGUCGGCGUCGUCCGCCAGAUCGAGACACGAGCACUGAAAGCCGCGUCCAAGAACGCGUACACGCCGUUCGUGCGUAAACUCACUGCACUGUACACGGCGAGCACGUGGAUCGACGACCUGUCGAGUCCGGACGAUCUGGCCGCGAAUAUGGGCGAUGCGUAUACCAAUCAGCCAAAGAGCCUGAUGGCAAUUGUCGAGCAGUCUGAGGGCGGGAAUGGACCGGAGGAUAGGGUCAGUAUUGGCAUUGUCAGCGUUGAGGUGAACACCGGUCAUCUCACCUAUGAUCAAUUCUCGGACGGUCAUGCGAGGAGCGAGCUCGAGACGAGGAUCGCCCACCUGGCACCUGCCGAAGUGCUCGUCCCACCACAUCUUACAAGACCCACUGAGAAGGUCAUUUCGUAUCUGCUAGGAAGCGGCGCAGAAGGAGGAGUCAGGAUCGAGAAGCUCGCAGCCAAACCGGACUACAAUCAAGCAUUUCAAGCCGUCACGAACUUUUACCGCGAUCGAGGGCUUGAGACUUCUCAAGCGUCCGACAGCACGAGCGAUGUCGCCGCAGAGACCUCGACGACGCCCUCGAAUGGCAAGCAGAGCUCGUUCAUGUCACUCAUCCUCUCCCUUCCACACCUUUCCCUUAUCGCCCUAGCCCAGAUCAUCCAACAUCUCACCUCCUUCCAGCUCGAAUCCAUCUGCACCUUAUCCACAAACUUCCGCUCCUUCUCCUCCCGCACUACCAUGCUGCUCAACAGCAACACGCUCGCCAACCUCGAGAUCUUCCGCACUGCCGACGAACAGACCGAACGCGGCAGCCUCAUCUGGCUGCUCGACAAGUGCAAGACUGCUAUGGGUCGCAGGUUGCUACGCAAAUGGGUGUCUCGACCCUUGACGGACAUCGACAAGCUGGAAGAGCGCUUGGACGCAGUGCAGGCGUUGAAGGAUGGCAAGAGUUACAUCCUUCGAACGCUGCCCGGAUUGCUACAGGGCUUGCCUGACUUGGAACGCGGACUGGCCAGGAUGACGUACGGUCGUGCUACGCCGACGGAGCUAGCCACAGUUCUGCUCUCGCUCAACCGUGUGACGCAGGAGUUCAAAGCGGAAGAAGCAUCCACCUGGAACACAAAUUCUAGCCUCAUCGACACGCAUCUCCAGUCCUUGACAGCAGGCAAACUUCCAGUCCAGAAAUGCCUCAAUCAGAUCUCCAUCAAGGAAGCCCGUGCCAACAACCUCGCCGACCUCUUCCCCGACCCGGAUCUCUACCCGGACAUCCAAACCUCCAAGGACAACAUCGCCAUCCUCGACACCGAGCUCCGCACGCAUCUCCGCGAGCUUCGAAAACUGCUGCACCGACCUUCGUUGGAGUACGCCACGGUCGCGGGCAUCGACUAUCUGAUCGAGGUGAGGGUGGCGGAUGCGAAAAAGGUCCCGGUGGAGUGGUUGAGGGUGAGCGCGACCAAGGCCAUGGUGAGGUUUCACACGCCGGAAGUGUUGAGGCUCACUAAGGUGCGGGAUCAGCAUAAGGAGAGAUUGGAGAAGGCGGCGGAGGAAGGGUUCAAGAGGUUUGUGGAGGCCAUGUGUAGGGACGAGUAUGUGGUGUUGAGGAACGUGGUGGGGAGCUUGGCGGUGUUGGAUGUGCUGGUCUCGUUGGCGAUGGUGGCGGGCGGGUCGGGGUAUACGCGGCCGGCGUUCGUGAGGGACGAGGCGAUGGGGGAGGGAAGCGUUCCGGUGGAAAUCAAGGGGAUGCGGCACCCGAUCCUCGAAGUGGUCUCGCCUCUUCCCUACAUUCCGAACGAUCUGACCCUCUCGAGUGGGCGAUCGGGUAUGCUCCUCACCGGCUGCAACAUGGGCGGCAAAUCGUCGACGUCUCGAACCCUCGGUCUGCUCAUCAUCCUCGCGCAAAUCGGCUCCUUCCUACCCGCCACAUCCGCCACGCUCGGCAUCCACGACGGCGUGUUCGUCCGCAUGGGUGCUCGCGACUCGAUGUUCUCCGGUCGCAGCACCUUCAUGGUUGAAGUCUCCGAGACCGCCGACAUCCUGCGCUCCAUCACACCGCGCUCCCUCGUGAUCCUCGACGAACUCGGUCGCGGCACCUCGACCUACGACGGCCUAUGCAUCGCCUCCGGCGUCCUCGAAUAUCUCCUUAUGAUGCGGAAUAUGCCCAACGUGCUCUUCAUCAGCCACUACUUCCAGCUCGGCGAGUUGGAGUCCAAAUUCAACCGCGCCAUUCAGAACUACCACAUGGCGUUCGUCGAAACCACCUCUUCCAGCUUCGAAGACGAGUUCGACCUGGAUGCCGACGGCGAAGGGCAGGGGGAGAUCGAGUUCCUGUACAAGCUGAGGCGGGGGAUUGCGAGCAAGAGUUUUGGCAUCCACUGCGCGCGGUUGGCAGGGUUGGAUCGGGGGAUUCUGGAGAGCGCCGGGAGGAUCUCGGCGAGCUUGGAGGCCAAGUACAGGGACAAGGUGGAGCGGAGGAGGAGGAGGGACCUGUUGAAGGCGGUUUUCAAGCGCGCAUCAGAGGAGCUGGAUGACGGUGCACUGCAGAAGGUGAACCAGCUCGUCGCAGGUCAGUCCAGCAGCGCUUGA